UUGAAAAAAGUGAAAAAGGCCAAAAUUCAAGCCACUUACGAUGGAAAAACACAAGAGGUGCUUCAUAUUCUGUACACGGGCUGGCCGGAUCACUGCCCCGCCGAUUCAGUGGCGAUAUGUCGUGAGGUACGUGCCAUCGUGAUGAAGAAUUUCGAUAAGAAACCAAUCAUAGUGCAUUGCAGCGCUGGUGUGGGAAGAACGGGUUCGUAUGUAGCGAUCGAGAUGUGCGUAACGAAACUGAAAGCCAAAGAAACGUUAUCGGUGGCCGAGAUGGUGAAAUCACUACGGGAUCAGCGAAUGGGCGCCAUCCAAAACGAUCAGGUCGGUGGAUUUUUGAGAUCAGCAGCUGGAUUUGCGGCAUCCGAUAGUGGACAGAUCAGCGCAGGCAGCAUCGAUUUAGCACUAGAUUUAGUGCAUCUCAUGAGUUAA